AUGCCCUUGUCAGUAGGACUGGAGUUUGACGCCACAAUCCAGAAGGCAACUUCCCAGUCUGAUGCCUCUGAUAGCGCCUUCCAGUCCCGCUUUGGCAUCGGACUAGUGUCACCCAUCUUCUAUGAAACGGAAGGGAAUGAGUGGAGGGAUGAGAUUAGGGAAGAUCGAUUCACGUUACUUCAACUGAAACGUGUAGCGAUGCUCGUGUGUCGUUUUGAGACUGCCCAGGACUCACUUCAUCCUGUCCAUCGCAUCAAGGACCACGACAACAUCCUAUCCAAUCGAUUCAACGACGCUCUCAAGGAUCUGAGCCUUUCUGAAAUCUACGCUCGCAUCCAGAAUGUUACCGAUGUGACUGGUUUAGCAGCGUUGCUGAACUUCGUCUCCCGUGAGGAGAGUGAGGCCAGUAGUUAUGAUGGAUAUCAGGAUUCGAAGUUUUUCAAGGUGUGGGAGGUCAACUUCACGUCGCUUAUUAAACAUGAUACGAUAGAAUUUCGUCAACACGAAGGGACCAUUUCCGGUAGCUCGGCUCUCCGUUGGGCCGAGUUCAUCGUUCGAUUUACCUUCGCCUUAACGGCAUCUGAUACCGAGGUAAUGAGUGAUGGAGAUACUCUCAAAGAUCUUAACUCUUUGGUUUACCUGCCUCAGUGA